AUGCAACCAGUGUACCAGCUACUUGCAGAUCCUGCGGGGCACCCCGCGACGAUGGGGGCCGCGGGAAACAUCGGCUUCCCAGAAAGGCUUGAUGGCACAUGCAGGGAGCGCUCCUUGCAGACGUCCGUCGCUGAACAGUCGUGGACAUACUUUGCUGCCCAGCCUUUGCCCACACCCUUGUCGCUUCUCUGCGUGCACCGCGCGCUUUGCUGGUCGCUGCGGGCUUUACUAGUGCUAGGAUUCACGGCACGCUGCAAGACGCUGCAAGACGUGGUGACACGUGACUCAUCCUGCCCGGCGAGGGACGUCCGGAUCGCAGCUGAACUUCCAGCAAGAUGUGACGAAGCCCUCCUGCAAAGCAUGGGAGCUCCGAUCCUACUCCUCUUGGCUGCUUUCGUCGGCGACGACGCCUUCUCAAGGCGCAUUCCCGAACCUCAAGUCUGGAACUCGCCUGCUCGGUGA